GGUGUCCUUGUAGCUGCCUGAAGAAAAUCUAAAUGUCACUCGCAGCGGCGACUGCCCCUCAAUGCUGGAGUUAUUCCUCACGUGCUAAGUGUCCGCGUGUAACAGCCUGCACACAUUUUUAAUGCAGCGUUAGGAUUCAUCACGCCUGUUGUCUGUGUUCAGUGUUUUAAAGGCAGUUGGUGUAAUCGCUGUAAUGGAGUGUCGUGUGUUGUCCAUUCAGAGUCAUGUUGUCAGGGGAUACGUUGGGAACAAGUCGGCAACAUUCCCGCUGCAGGUGCUGGGCUUUGAAGUGGACUCUAUCAACUCUGUGCAGUUCUCCAAUCACACAGGCUACGCCCAUUGGAAAGGGCAAGUGCUGACAGCAGAUGAGCUAAAUGUGCUGUAUGAGGGCAUUAUGCUCAAUAAGGUGAAUCGCUAUGACUACAUCCUCACAGGGUACAGCCGAGACACGUCCUUCCUGAAGACGGUGGUGGACAUUAUUCAGGAGCUGAAGAAGGCCAAUCCCGGCCUGGUAUAUGUUUGUGAUCCUGUUAUGGGAGACCAGGGUGCUAUGUACGUCCCAGAGUACCUGCUGCCUGUCUACAGGGAUAAAGUGGUGCCUUUGGCUGACAUCCUCACCCCCAACCAGUUUGAAGCAGAGCUAUUAACCGGAAGGAAAAUCACCACAGAGGAAGAUGCGGUUGAGGUGAUGGACUUGCUUCAUAAAAUGGGUCCCGAGACCGUCGUCCUCACUAGUACUGACCUGCCCUCUAAAUGUGGGGACCAGUUCCUGGUGGCCCUCGGGAGCCAAAAAAUAGUGAAACCAGAUGGGACCAAGACCAAUCAGAAAAUCUGCAUGGACAUCCCCAAAGUGGAUGCUGUAUUUGUGGGGACAGGUGACCUGUUUGCUGCCAUGCUGCUAGCCUGGACUCACCAUCACCCCAAAGACCUGAAGGCUGCCUGUGAAAAGACUGUUUCAGUCAUGCACCAUGUCAUUAAGAGGACCAUUACCUAUGCCAAUGAGAUGGCUGGCCCGGGGAAAAGGCCCAGUCCUGCACAACUGGAGCUGAGGAUGGUUCAGAGCAAAGCCGACAUUGAGAAUCCUGCCAUUGUAGUUGAAGCUAAGGUUUUACAUGAGUCUUCACAAUGAAGACCGUAACGUUGUCGUAAAAAUUCUAAUUUCACUGGUUACCAAUCAGCUUCAAGUCUGGGCGGUCCGCCAGACACAUGUAGAAUUUUCACAUCAAAGACUGUCACGUGUCUCUGCCUUGCAGAAUCUCUGAGGGAGUACAAUGUUUUCAUGAGCGGGGUCAGCAGGAUUUACUGUAUGUCCAUUCUGCUCAUAACACAGUGGAGUCACUGCCAUAUGCGUCCGUUCUAUGGCCUGUGUAGACAUCAUCUGCCAUUCAAAAGAAAAAAGGACAUUAGCCAACAAUGUUUAGGUUUAAAGAUAGUGUAAAUGUACUUGAAUCCUUCCUAACAUAGUGAACAUUAUUUAAUUAUCUCCAUUAAGCUGAAUAGAUGUGUGCAUGACCAUGCCUCUACGUGUACUGGCUAUGAUUGUAAGUAAGGAAUAGUCACAUGUACUUAAAGUGUGUAUCUCACAAGGCAUUAUAAGCACAUCAAUAUACGAUUUAUAAUAUAAUGAUUUAGACCAGAAGUAGCAUAUAAUGCAACAUUUUUAAUGCUGUCAGAUUUAGAGCAUUAUUGCGUUUCUGAAAUAAUUAUAAUAGAAAUGUAUGAAUCAAUGCAUGCAGUGUGCUUAUAAUGCAUUUGGGUGUUUUAUCAUGCACUUUAGGUUAAGUGCUAUGACCUUAUAAUGCAGAUAGGAUGCAUUAUAAGUGCUGAAAUGUGUAUUAUGACUCACAAAAUGUCAAAACAUCUUAUGCAAUCAAUAUGUAGUCUAUACAGUUGUAUUACCCCAAUUAGUUUCACUUCAACUGUAGCUUAAUGAUAAUCAUAAGAAUAGUUGAUGUCUAAAAUUGUUCUUUUAAUCAAUUUUCUGAAAAGGUUUUUCACCUUUUUUAAUUAUGCAUUGAUGUAUUGAACUAGCAGAUGUAUAACAUGUUAGAGCCAUGUCUUAAGCAUCUCAAAUUGAGGUAUUUGCACAGAUAAUCUUUAAUAUAUGUAUUAAUGAUCAUUGUUUUAAUUUUUGACUUGUCAUAUCUCAAUAAAAGAGUCGGUAUGAGAGACCAUGCUGUAUAAAUUGCCUUAACAGGGUAAAGAAGAAGAAAAUUGAUUGUGAAUGUUUUUGUGUACCAAUGUUAUAGUUGAUCUUCACACAUAAUGUUAGAAAGUCAAGUGCCAAACCUUGAGCUGCUGCCCUGUCAGCAAUAUAAGAAGAGAAAUAAUAAAUGUUUAAUAUUUUACUGAAA